UGCCGAGGGGGAUGCUCCGGGUCCCACCUCCCCAGGGAGCUGCGCAUUUCCGCGCGCCGGGGCGGCCCUGGCUCCGGCCGGCCCUCGCGGCGGCAGCCCGCGUUCCGCGUCCCCGGGAAGUUGUCUCGGGAGCCCGGGGCCCCUGGGUCUCCUCCCCCUGAGCCCCGCCCCCUCGCCCAGAGCUGGGAUCUGUAAGCUGCCCGGCCCGGGGGCGUCGCCGCUCGCUCGGCGAAGCCAGCGAGUCUCUGCUUCUCUGUGCGGAUCGCGCGUCCCCUGCCUGACCGGGGACCCCCGCGCACCCCCGACACGGCGCGCGCUCAGAGCGCGGGAGCCCCGGGCUCCGGGCGCCUGGGAUCCCGCGGAGCCGCUGCCCAGCCCGCGGGGCUCGGCAGGGAUGCAGUCUGCCCUGUGAGCCCGGGCGCCAAGGCCAUGUCCGGCACCCGCUGCCGGACCCUGUACCCUUUCUCCGGGGAGCGGCAUGGCCAGGGGCUCCGCUUCGCCGCGGGCGAGCUUAUCACGCUGCUGCAAGUCCCGGACGGAGGCUGGUGGGAAGGCGAAAAAGAGGACGGGCUCCGCGGCUGGUUCCCGGCAAGCUACGUGCAGUUGCUGGAGAAGCCUGGAAUGGUACCCCCUCCGCCAGGAGAGGAAAGCCAGACGGUCGUCCUUCCACCUGGCUGGCAGAGCUACUUGUCUCCGCAGGGCCGGCGUUACUAUGUCAACACGACCACCAAUGAGACCACCUGGGAACGUCCCAGCAGUUCUCCUGGGAUUCCAGCCAGCCCUGGCCCUCACAGGAGCUCUCUGCCUCCAACAGUGAAUGGAUACCACGCAUCAGGGACCCCAGCGCACCCUCCAGAGACUGCCCACAUGAGUCUCCGAAAAUCCACCGGUGAUUCCCAGAACCUGGGAUCCUUGUCACCAGGCAAAAAGCAGAGCAAGGAAAACACCAUCACAAUAAAUUGCGUGACGUUCCCUCACCCAGACACAAUGCCUGAACAGCAGCUGCUGAAGCCAACUGAGUGGAGCUACUGUGACUACUUCUGGGCUGAUAAGAAAGACCCCCAAGGCAAUGGCACCGUGGCGGGGUUCGAACUGCUGCUCCAAAAGCAACUGAAGGGCAAACAAAUGCAGAAAGAAAUGUCUGAAUUCGUCCGAGAGAGGAUAAAGAUUGAAGAAGAAUAUGCAAAGAACUUGGCUAAGCUCUCUCAGAACUCGUUGGCUGCACAAGAGGAAGGCUCCCUGGGAGAAGCAUGGGCUCAGGUGAAGAAGAGCCUGGCAGAUGAAGCAGAAGUUCAUCUCAAGUUCUCCGCCAAGCUUCACAGCGAGGUAGAGAAGCCCCUAAUGAACUUUCGUGAGAACUUCAAGAAAGACAUGAAAAAGUGUGACCACCAUAUUGCUGACCUCCGCAAGCAACUCGCCAGCCGCUAUGCAUCGGUGGAGAAGGCCCGGAAAGCCCUCACAGAGCGGCAGAGAGACCUGGAGAUGAAGACCCAGCAGCUGGAGAUCAAGCUGAGCAACAAGACGGAGGAGGACAUCAAGAAGGCACGGAGGAAGUCCACACAGGCUGGUGAUGACCUCAUGCGCUGUGUGGACCUCUACAACCAGGCCCAGUCCAAGUGGUUUGAAGAGAUGGUGACCACCACUUUGGAGCUGGAGCGGCUGGAAGUGGAGAGGGUGGAGAUGAUCCGGCAACAUUUGUGCCAGUACACACAGCUGCGGCACGAGACGGACAUGUUCAACCAAAGCACAGUUGAGCCUGUGGACCAACUGCUUCGAAAAGUGGACCCGGCCAAAGACAGAGAGCUGUGGGUCAGAGAGCACAAAACGGGCAACAUUCGCCCUGUGGACAUGGAGAUCUAGACACGCCUGUGUGGCCCCAGGGGUCCUGCCCAGGAGAGGGGCUGGGUGUCCCAUGGAGAGGAGAUGGUGUCUCCUGCUGGGUGAAGCUGCCCUCCCACCCACUCUCCUGUCCACUGAGGAGAGAGGAGAGAGCUGGCGAUUCCAGAAGGGUGAUCUGGAUGGCCCAGCUGGGGGAUCCCAAAUAUUCCCAGGCCAAGAAGACAGACCUGCAACCCUGCCCUUGUCUCCAAGACUGAAGCCCCCAAACCCCAUGCCAUGCUUGUUGCUCUGAGAACAAACUGAGGCUGGAACUUUGUGGUCCCUGCUGAGUUCCAUAGGGGUGGCCGUCACACACUUGUGCCCUUGGGUGCCCGAAGGCCGAUCCUCCAACUGGUCCCUUUAUCUCCUUAGGGGCUUCAGAAGAUCAGGGGAGGGUCACCUCUGCCUCCAAGCCAAUGUCAGGAUCAGACUCAUGAACAGAAGGCUCCAUCAGCUCAGCCUGCACCUAGAGUCCUUCACAGCCCUCUAUUUUCCUCAUUGUAUUCUGGGAGCCCAAAUCUAGCUUUUCUUGGCCACUUUUCAUCCCCAUGAGUCUUGGGAAGGCCUGUUUUCUGUCUUCCCAGACCAACCCUGCCUAGAGAGGUCAGGAUGGAACUACCUCAUUCGGCAAAUUAACCCCAAGUCGGAGCAUUGAAUCAUGGUUCCUGUCAGACCAGGCAUUGUCUCUGAGUCUCUGGAAAUCCCAAUCCAUCCAUUCCUCAGCUGCUUUCUCAAGGUAGUCCCCACCCUGCCACCCCUGCGCAGUCUCACUAGAGGGAGCUUUCCAAAGUUCUCAGCCAGCAAGGCCUCCUUCAGUUCUGUGCAUGUCCAAAGGCUUUGAGGAAUGGAGAUACCAGCUCACCUCAGAAACCAGACGGGGUCUGUCUGCCAUGGCGCCCUGUCCAACACUGGGCUACCCUGACCACCACACUCCUGGGCUGCCCACCAUGGGCUUAAUGGGGCUGGGUCAGUCCCAUAUGAGAGACAGAUUAGGGCAAGUCCCUUUGUCAUUCCGCAUAUGGCUCCAUCUGCUUAUGCAUGAUGGGGUUUGGACUGCUGUCCCUUGUAUGGGCACUGCAGACUUUCAUGGCCAUAGGAGUUCUUUGCUAUCCAGGUGUGUCCCGCCACCUGGGCCUCCAGCUACUCUGAAUUUUCCAGAGCCCUAUGCUAAGCCCUCCCUUGGUGCCAGCACCUCCUUUUCCUCUAUCCAUCUUCCCUGGAGAAGCCUGGGCCAAGUCUGAUUCGGGAAGAUUUUCAACACUGCCCUGGGUUCAGCCCAUCACUUCCUUCCUCUACUACAGCAAACAUGAUCACCACGUUAACCUAGAGAAUCAGCCUGAAGGGACUGGGAGAAGAAAUUGACAUAGUGAGCAAGGAAGAAAUUCUAGCCAGAAACUCAUGCUCUGAGGGUCCAUCUUUCUUCAUCUUUCCAUCAGUGGCUUUGGAUUGACCCUUCCAUCUCCCAUGGGGGCAGAAUUCUAUGAGCACGAUUCACUGAUCUUUCCCUCAGUGUUACAUGCUAAUAGUGGAUAACAUUAAUGUUGAAUCUCUUGGCAUCUCUUCCAUUAAAUUGGAAUUGCUUUCUCAUAGUUUAUAUUAGAAAGAUGUCCAAUAUACUAAAGCAAACCAGAUCUUGUCACUUUUCUUACUGAAACAUCCUAAGCACAAAAGCCAAUGUGAAGGGCGAGAUCUGGUGGGAUCUGUCCUCGAAUGGAUGAAGAACUACUCCUUUCAGAUUGGGCUUGGACCAUGACACCAGCUACCAAUUUUAGGAUAGUUCUUGGCUUCUUUAUCUAAAAAUGGGUGCUAGUGGUAAUCGCUUUGUGGCUUAGUAAUCUAUAGAUGAUUUUCAAACAUCAAAGCCAAUGCCAUGUAGUUAACAUAAUUUUGAGUAUAGUUUGGUUCAUUGACUUUGUCUUCAUAUCCUUUCUCAUUUGAGGGUCCCGGAGUCCUCUCCCUGGUACGUAAUGACCUCUUACUCUUCCAGUAUAAUCCAAAUUAACCAAGUCUGGACCAGUCCAUUUUCUGAAGUCAUCCUUACCCCUUGUUCCCUCACCUCCUCUUUAACCUCUUCACAUACACCUAUUCUCUCCAUUGUUUGUUCAUCAAGCAUUCAGUAAGGGCCAAGCAGUGUGCUGAGAUCUAAUCUGAUGCAGCUGUCAUCAGGGAAGCCCAUGAGUCUGUUUUGUGUAGAGUUAUCUUUUCCCUAGGGGCCUGGGCCUUUAGUAACUUUGACAUUCACAUAGAAGUACUCUGUAGAAUUUAAGUUUGCAGAGGUACAGUCUUGUGCUGACAUUCAUUCAUUCCUUUUUCAGCAAAUGCUUAGAGCAAUCCCAACAUUGUGCUGAGGAAUGAAACUAAUUGCAUGAAAGGUGGAUCCUUACCUCCUCUGCCCUCUGUGUGGACAGGCGGAUGUUUAGACCUAUCUGGAGAGGAAAAACAUUGCACCCUUGAGCCAAAUCUACCCCCUGAGAUUCUUUAAUGAUAAACUACUGCCAUGAGGUAUUUACAUAGUGGGUGGAAGGUGAACAGCAACACCAUUUUGAUCACCUGGUCACCAGACUCUCAGCCCAUUUCCAACUCCAACUGCAGAAAUGUCUUUUAUUGGUUUUUGUUUUGUUUUGUUUUUGAUGUGCAUGUGUACCGGGGAUUACACUCAGGGACACUGGACCACUGAGUCACAUCCCCACCCCUAUUUUGUAUUUUAUUUAGAUACAAGGUGUCACCAAAUUGUUUAGCACCUUUUGCUGAGGCUGGCUCUGACCUCAUGAUCCUCCUGUGUCAGCCUCCCGAGCCACUGGGAUUACAGGCUCACACCACGACACCCGGCUCUUUUAUUGGUUUUUAAUAACUCAUUGCUCUGCAAAUAGGAAAAGUGAAGGCCAAGGAUAACUAGAGUACACCAAGAGUCAACAAGAGAAUCAGGAGCAGAGCUGGAGUCAAGAGUCCAGGCCCACUUUCCCUAUUAAUAAGGGACCCUUCCCCUGCACUGUGAGUAAAAUCAGAAUCAAGAUGAAGUCUAAAAAAUCUAAAAGUUCAUUUGGAGUAACAAGCACACUAUUCUGGGUUGUCAUCUUUGUUUUGUGGUGGUGGGAAUCAGCACCCAGGGCCUCACACAUGCUGCUUAAGAGCUCUGCCAUUGGGCCACAUCCCCUGUGGUCUUUUGUGUAAGUCUUGGUACUUAGGUUGUGAGAGGAUUUGGCUGGUUUAUUUGGGGUGGGUUUCUGAGAACAGAUCAGCCCCACCACUACCGGGAGACUGAUGUACUUAAGUUUGCUCAGUGAAAUCCUGAUUUAAAAGAAAAAAUUAUUUCUAAGAUGAAUGGUAUUCAAAGUGAAUCAGUUGCCAUGACAACCUCCAACAAGAGCCACUUCUUACCCUUCAUUUUUUUCUAGUGCUUUUGAGCAGCUCUGCAAUGCAUUGGCUAUUUGGACCAUGUGGAGGGCGGCCCCAGCCUCUCUGGAUGAACUACCCUGGGCCUCCUCUCAAUCAUUUGUCAGGGCUGAUUAAUGACCGAGGCCGGCAGACACUGUACAAAUUUAUGGCCAGGGGUUCAUUUCUAUUCCCUUUGAAAAAAAAACAGUCAAUUACUAGAUUAGUGGAUGGGUGCAUAACUUGGCUGAGCCAAAGUCCCUUCUUGGAAAUAUAAGCCAUAAAAUUAAAAGGUUGUCAAAGACCUUGGCUUGUUCAGGUAAUUUUAUUUCCAGCUAUGAAGUAGCCUUGGCAAGGAGAGUUUUAGCAGGAGUUGAAAGACCUGCUUGUUAUUAUUAUGUAGGUAGGGGAAAGCACUUCAUGUGUUCAGCGAGGAAUAGAUCAGCAGCCAGCUGGCUGAGCUGGGCUACCACCUAAUUCCCAUAGUUCUUCCCACCCCCACCAAAGCUCGCUUCCACCUCCUUUUUCCAAGAAAAUUGAGGUAUAAUUGACAGCAAAAUUCACCUUUUUAAAGUAUACUGUUCUGAGAAUUUGGACCAAAUAAUGGACUUGUAACCAAUAUCAGUAUCAUAAUAUCACUCCAGGAAGUCCUGCAUAUCUCAUUGUGGUCUGUUCCUUCCUCCCACCCUCUGACCCAACAACCCUUUUUCAGAAAGUCAUAGGAGUGGGAUCACAUGGAGGUAGGUUUUGAAUUGCCCAUGGUGUGUGUCUGUCAGUAGCCAGUGUCCAUUUUCUUUGCCAAGUAGUUUCCCCUGCCCGGGUGUACCACACUGCUGCUUUACUCUUCAAAUGGGUCAUUUGCCGUGGAAGUUCAUGGCCCCAGAGCUUCACCUUGUUUGCAUCACUGCUUCCGAGGGCUCCCAAGGCUCCUCCAAUGCCAGGGGUACCCAGAAGUACCCAGAAGUACACACUGACCUUUUUAGUUCAUAUUAGGGUUUUGCCAUGUAAGAAGCAGCCAGGAGUCAGAGGGGAAGUGGCAGGCAGGGUCAGAGUCGCCUCUGGCCUCUGCUGCAACAUGAAGCUUGCAUCUCAGUUGAAUAUGUACUCCCUCUGGGAUCCUCACUUCAGUUCCUGGGUCUCUCUAUUUAUUGGACAUUGGGGUCUUGAAAGGCAAAUGGAAAGAACAGGGCUGAAGGGCUGGUACUGACUCUAGGGUGUAUCGUGACCUUUCCCUGGAUCUGUUGUUCCACCUGCCAGUGAAAGUACGUGUUCUAGAUGAUCUCUCAGGCCUCCAGCUAUGGUGUCCUCUCUCCUUCCCUUUUUGUUUCUUAUUUCAUACCCUGUAAACAAGGUCAUGCCUAAUCUGAGUGUCACCUGCACGGUUGUGCAUAGAACUGCCUGAAUUCCUCAAAAGGAGCACUUCUCCGUUUAGUCUCCAGUGGAGCUAAGCUAAGAAUGAAGUGGUUCCUCCUAAAACCACCCCCACCAAAGAAAUUAUUAAGUGCUACCUUUUGGGUCUGCCCCUAGGAGCCAAGACAGGCGUGAAGACAGAGCCACUUCUGUCAAUUCCUUGCUCUUGCUGAAGUCUUGCCCAACUCUCAGUCAUACUGAGUCUGCCCUAUGCCUUUGUCCCAACAGUGGUGGCAGAGAUAGGAUCAAGCCCGGCCAAGGCCAGGCUGUUGGUGGCCACACCUCUAAGCAAGGUCUUGAUCAUGGGCUGCUCAAUGAAAGGUGAGCCCCGGAAGGCAACUGGGAACCCCUCCAUCUGAAUUGGGGACAGUGUUGGAUUCAGGUCAGAUGAAGGUCAGGACUGGGAAGCCAGAACUCACAGGGUCCCAAGGAGGGAGCCAAGGCUGCUGGGACUCUCCAGGGUUGAAUUCUGCCUGGAAGGGCUCUCCAUAUCUCCCCCACAAGAACAAUGUUUCUUUUGUGGCUUUCCUCAAGGUCAAGUUGGGCUUAAGAGAGGACAAAGACCAAUGCUCCAUUUCCCCAACUGGUGGCUGGACAUGGCUGUGGCGGGAGGUGGACUGGGCAGUGUCUUAGGGUGGGAGCGAUGACCUCUGGACUCUCGGUGGUGCUCGGGGACAUGAGUACAUUCGUCCUGUAUGUUUUGAGGAGAACUUCUCAUGGGAUUGCAACAGUGGAAGGUAAAUGGUCAGGUCCUGGGCUCUGACAUGGGGACAAUGUGACAUGGGGACAGAGAGGGAAAACCUGCAGUACUAAAGGAAGAGCAGGGACUUGCCCUGCCCUGCCACUUCCUUUAUGCUGCAGCCUGUUCACGCACAUCCAUCGGGACCUCCACUCAUUUGUCAAUGGGGCGCUUCCCUCCCUGCGUCUCCCUCUGCAGACGGGCGCUAUGGAGUGGCGGCUCCCAGGCAGCCAUGUGGACCCAGGGAUAGACAUUCCAAGGGUCUCCAGCCAUCCUGGGAGAUGGCCCCCAAAUUUGCAACUCUUUCCCCUCCCUCAGGAAGGAGAUGACUGGAGGCGUCCCCUUCACAGACACAAGCACAUCAGCAAACCCUAUGAAAGCGGAAUUUUCUAACGAAAUAAACUUGCUUGUUUGGUCUGUUUUCUGUAACUUUUGCUAAAUACUUUAUACAUUUUUUGAUGUUAAAAAGCUGUGUCUCCUGCCAGCCCCCCUUACUCCCGGUAUGAAUGUGUUUACUUCACAUUGUAUAUCCUUCCAUCCUCUGGCUGCCUAGAUCAGUAAAUAAAAUUGAUGUAAUAUAAUUUAUAAGUAACACUGUUGACACUCUGAUCCCGAUGGAGGCUGUAACCCGCCCCUCUCCAGCCCCUCCCCACCCCCUAAUAGCAUUCGUGUGUAUUAAAGCUGAAGAAUUAAAUGUUUAAAGAGUUUAAAUUUU